GAGCCGGCACGCCGCGGCUCGGCCCUGAUUGGCUGCUUCUCCCGGGGCGCUAGAAACUGUUGCCAUGGCAAAGGGAAUAAACUUGCCGGGAGAAGAGGAGACGGGGGGGCCGUAGAGGGGGGCGAGGCGCGGCUCCGGAGCACAGGAGGCCAGCCUCGUCUGCAGAAGGAUAUCAGGGUGGCCUGCAAUCUUGCCUUCCUGAUGGCAUUUGCACCUCCCAAAAACAUGGAUGGCCCCAAACUGCAAACCAAGAUGAGCACCUGGACACCUCUGAACCAUCAGCUUAUGAAUGACAAGGUAUUUGAAGAAAGAAGAGCCUUGCUUGGAAAAUGGUUUGACAAGUGGACAGAUGGUCAGAGGCGAAGGAUCUUGAUAGAUUUGUUGGAACGCUGCUCCCUGGCGCAGCAGAAAUUCUGUUCUAAGCAGUUGCAGGACCGAGUUCCAGUUGAAGCCCUGGAUUUCACCACAAAGCUUCCCAGAGUGUUGUCUUUAUACAUUUUUUCUUUCCUGGACCCCAGGAGUCUCUGUCGAUGUGCACAGGUGAGCUGGCACUGGAAGUACUUGACGGAGCUGGAUCAGCUCUGGAUGCUUAAGUGCCUGCGUUUUGGCUGGUACAUCAACUUCUCUCCGACCCCCUUUGAGCAGGGAAUCUGGAAGAAACACUACAUUGAGAUGGUGAAGGAGCUUCAUGUGACAAGGCCCAAGACCCCUCCAAAAGAUGAAUUUGUGGUCAUCGAUGUCCAGCCAAUAGCAAGAGACGUCCCAGAGACAAAACUAUCCCUUUCCUCGGUUCUCCAAUCAGCAUCUGUGAUAGGAAAGAGGACAGACAAGGAGAAAAAAGAGCUCCCACCAUGGCGGUCCUCGGAUAAACAUCCCACUGACAUUGUCCGAUUCAACUACCUAGACAACUACGAUCCGAUCGAGCAAGUGAGGCAGGCUAGAAAGAAAGGAGGAGGACUUACCCCAGACCUCAGCCGGCAAGCAUUUGAGAAAAAAAGGAAACCGAGCUGUGCAUCUUAUAAGCUUCGGAAAGCAAAAUCACUGCUGUCCCUAUCUGCAGACCUUGGCUCUAGCCCAAAAGGACCAGUUCGCCCAAGUUGGGCUACUCACCAAUCAACAGGGUACCCUGUUACCAAAGCAACAGCUAAGAUCCUAGCUCAAAGUGCCCAGUGGAAUGCUGGGAUACGACCAACCCCUGUUCGAGCUCCAGUACCGAAGCUGAGUGAAAGAGGGAAGAAGGCCUUUGCAAGGAUGAGCAGAAGUUCUCCAUGUUACAUCCCCACUGUUUGAAGCUCAGCCCUGGCAAAUUCCUCCAUCGGACCAUGGAUCUGACGCAGAGUGAGGGAGUGACGUUUCAGUGCAAUUCAUCCCAGUCAAACCGGCUCAUCUGCCCAGCUUUCAGAAGACGCCGAUCACGUCCCCUGAGUUACCGUGAAGAACGGGUGUUACUGACUUGCUCAAAGUCUCAAGGAUCCAGCUCCAUUUUUUUAUAUCACUUGUCACAAUAAGAGACUUCCCCCCCCCCCGACCCUCAUUGAACUCACUAUACAAUGCGGAGAAACGGGCAUGGAGACCCUGCGGGAGAUUUACUAGUAUAGCUCUGGGCUAACUGCAUUGCAGCCAAUUUACACUGAAGGUUUUUGGGGCAGGGACUACCUUUUAGUAUGUAUAUGUACAGCACAUAGCAGAGUGGGCCCUCACUAUGGUUGGGAUCUCCAGGUGCUACCAUAAUACAAAUAAGUCAUGCAAAACUAGGGUGACCAGAUGUCCCGAUUUUAUAGGGACAGUCCUGAUUUUUGGGUCUUUUUCUUAUAUAGGCUCCUAUUACCUCCCACCCCCGUCCUGAUUUUUUACACUUGCUGUCUGGUCACCCUAUGCAAAACUAGGGUGAGAUCAGAAUUUGAAUCAGUAUCUUGUUUGCUAUCUUGCCUUUUUUCAGUAGGUUUUCUUGUCUCUGCUGCUUUGGAUGCUGAUGCCUGAUUCUGCUUUCACUCAGUGUUUGUCUUCACUGCAGAGUUAACUUGGGCAAUUGGCACCCGGGUUAGUCUAACCCAGGUGCAAGCCGCCACACUGCAAAGCCUUACUGUCUUACUGUGUCCUCACUGGUGCUGAACUCCCAUGUGUGUGUCAUUAGGACUUUGGGGGCAUAUCCCAUAAUCCUGUGUGCUGCAGUAUGCUGAGCUACGCUGAUUCUUUCCCAGUGAAUUGUGGGAGAAUUUGUCUGUCUUUCUGGGCGCAGCGGGGAUUGUGGGAAGGCACCGCAGGAUUACCAGCACUGGAGUGAUUUAGGCCUGGUCUACACUAGGGGAGGGGAUCGGUCUAAGUUACACAACUUCAGCUACGUGAAUAACAUAGCUGAAGUCAACAUACUUAGAUCUACUCACCGCGGCGUCUUCACUGUGGUAAGUUGACAGCUGACGCUCUCCCGUCGACUCCGCCUGUGCCUCUCGCUCUGGUGGAGCACCGGAGUCGCCGGGAGAGCUCUUGGCGGUCGAUUUAUCGUAUCUAGACUAGACACGAUAAAUUGACCCCCACUGGAUUGAUCGCUGCCCCUCGAUCCAGCGGGUAAUGUAGACAAGCCCUUAGACUGUGUCCUCACUGCAAAGUGAGUGGUUACAGCCUGAGUGAAUGUGGAGCCCAGGAUCUUACUUAUCCCCCAGCUGUGCCUGCUAGCCUGGGUUGAAACUCCCCUGAACUCCGGGGAGAGGUUUGUGCCUGGAUGGGAAGGUGAGUUAGGGCUAAAAGCCAGUUAGGAGCUCAGGUUAACUCUGCCCUGAAGACAGACCCUCUCCAAGGUUUGACUCCAUGACUUCAGUGGUGUGACUCCUGGUUUACACCAGCGUGAGAGCAGAAACAGACCCCAAACUUUGGCUAAAAGAGUUGCAUGAGAUUUUCCAUGUGGCGCUGAUACCAAUAUGAUUGGCACAGAGAAGGUGAAUCGGGCACCCAUGCUUACCUUGCUCAUGAUACAAGAACAAGAGAGAAGUCAGCAAAACUGAAAGGCAGCAAUUUUAAGACUGAUAUUUUACACAACAUGUAAUUAACCUAUGGAACUCUUUGCCACAAUAUAUCAUUGAGGUCAAGAGCUUAUUAGGAUUCAAAACAGGAUUAGACACAGUAACUUUAGAUAGAAAGAAAGUCAAGUCUCAUGCUUCAGGGCACAUGCCAGCUACUAACUGAUGAUGGUUUAGAAUAGGCUUCCUUUGUGAGCAAGGUUAUUCUGUAAUUGUUCACUGCAAGAUUUCUUGUACCUUCCUAUGAAACAUCUGACACUGGACACUGUCUGAGCCAGGAUACCAGACUAGAGGGACGACUUGUCUGGUCCAGCAUGGUAAUUCCCAUGAUCUGGUUCUUUGUCUCUAGCUGUGUUUUGUAAUGUGCUAUGUAUAUUUCUAACUCCAAAUCAGUGAACUAGUAAUUAGCUCAUCUCCUUUUCCCACUCUUGACUCUGUAUCUUCUUUCAGGCUGCUUGGACCCAAGUCUCUAUGGGAUUCUUCACAUUUGAGUUAUGUUAACAGCAGUCAUCUUGGGUGGGGAUUCAAUGAAGAACCAACCUGAUUUUGUCACUCCCCUGCCUUAAAUAGGCUUUAUAUAUGGUGGGAAUCUAUUGUCUUCCAGUGUGAUUCCCACCCUCGGCCAGUGGAAAAAUACUAAUAUUAUCAUGGUGUGCAGUGUCAGGUGACUUGAUCACAUGACCCUACAGCUAUAACUCAGAGUCUGUUUGCAGCAUCCCCAGGAAGGCUUUCCCAGUGAAAGUUUAGCAUCUUCUAAGACCUAUUGUUCUUCCUAAUGGCCCUUUCCAGCCAGCAGUCUAGGCCUUGUCUACACUGCACUUUACAGCGCUGCAACUUUCUUGCUCACGGGUGUGAAAAAACACACC